AUUACUAAUUUGCAAAUAUAUGCAAAUGAAGUGAAUAGAAAUUCUUGUAUCUGAUAUACCUUAUUUAAGAUGUAGUUUUUUAUUGUUUUUUUUUCCUAGUGUAAAAUAAAAAAUAUAACAUACAAUGAAAGUGAGAAGUAUCCAUGGUUAUUAUUACAAUGAGCAAAAGAAGAAAUAUUUCAAAAUCACAAAAGAUUUUAAACCGCCACCCAAACUACCAACUGUUAGAAAAUGUGACAACAAACAUAGAAAGAAGCAGUGUUCAUUUGCAAAGGAAGUAUAUAACCGUUCCAUACAUGGAACCAGCAUUGUUAAUUUCAGAAGAUUACAAGAGCAUAACUUUCUAUCCAACAUGGUUUUUUCAAGAAAAUCCAAGAGUUUUCCUUACCCAAUACCAAACAAUGAUGGCUGCUAUGUGCAGGGAACUAGAAUUACGCAAUGUGGACGAAAACUUCUUGUACUUGUCAAAAAUUGCGGAUAUCUUACAAAUAGUUUAUGUGAAUAUGAUGUUUAUUCAAGCAGCAUGAGAAAGAGGCCGAAAACAGUUAAGUUCUCCUUGGACAAAAUUGUAUGCGAUAAUACGAAUGUCACAUCAUUUUGUUGGGAGCCCAAUGAUGACAAAAGGAUACUUUAUUCUCAAGUAACAGAAACGUUGUUACGACCAGGUUUUAUUAAAAAAUCGUCAAGUAUUGUAAUUUCGACCUUAACAGCUGAUCUCCAAGCUGAAAGAGAAAGUGUUGUAAAACUGAAAAAGAAAAACGCAUACUUUAAUUGUGUUGCAUGGAAUCAGUAUGAACCGGAUUCAAACAUGUUCUGCGCAGGUGAUCGUAGUGGUUCAAUAAUUCUUUUUGAUGUGAAUGGCACUUCAAGAAAACUUUCCAUAAAAUCAGCUCCUCAAGUGUUAACUUUCUGUAAGACGUCACCCUGUUUGUUGAUUGGAUGUCAAGCAGGUCUCAUUCAUCAAUUAGAUUAUCGAUCCAACGAAUUUGUUCACGUCUCCUGCUUUAAAAAAUGUCACAGCAUCGAUUGCAUGAAAACACUACAAGAUGAAAAUUAUAUCAUAGCGAGUAAUUGGAAUGGAGUUAUCUUUCUGGCAGAUAUGCGCAUGCGUAAAGCUGUUUUAAAAUAUAAAGGACACGUUAAUAACCAUUCGAAUUUAUCUUUUGAGGUCGAUGCGCGUGGAGAGUUUCUUUUUGCAGUUGGGAGUGACAAUCAGUUGCGAAGUUGGGAUAUAAGAAACGGACUUUUAGAACAUGCAAGUGACAUAUCGCCACACGGUGUAGUGAAAAGCAACGUCGCCGUACUUCAGUAUUCUGACAGGUGGAAUGGUGACUCGACGCAUGCAGGACUAUUAUGUUUAAAUAAUGAUAUGUAUGAUUUCUGGAAGAUGACAUGUUGACGGACAGCAUUUCCACGUGCCCGCCAACGAGAAUGCUGAAUUGUGUUUGUCUUUCAGCCGAAUUUUUUUCCCUUAGAAUACUACAUUUGAAUCUAUUAGCUGUGGAACACACAGCUUCUAGUUUAGGCUGAAAGCUCGAACAAAACACUGAUCUUCUGGGAUUGAAGUCAGGAUAUGCGUAUCUCGGACGCGGUUAGUAAAAUUGACGUUUAAUCUGCCAUUUUAAAGCUGCAUAGCUCAGCUUUGAAAAAGAUCCCUUUUUGUCUUGUAAAUGCUUCGUAUGUUUUUUUAUACUAUCAUACCUAUGUAAAUCUUAGUAAAAUGUUUUUUUAUUAUUUUGGCUAUCACGGACGUAUAUAGCAGACCAGCUACGUAGUAAGUGUCAGAUGGCAAUAUAUAUAUAUAUAUACAGACAGCUA